UUCAGUUUCACGUGUUGUGACUUUGAUCGAAAGUACGGAAGGUAUUCGAAGGAUUUUUUCUGUGUUGCCGAUUUGUUGCCUGGAAAAUUGAUACUAGUGUUAUCUAUUUGGUGCAUAAAUGGUGGAUUAUUACAAUUACAAGAUGUCAGGCAGCGAGGAGGAGCCCGAGGCUCACAUGCAGUCGGGGAUGAGCAAGGCGGAGCUAAGAAGGAGCAAUAAACCGAUAAUGGAGAAGCGUCGUCGUGCCCGGAUAAAUCAGUGCCUGGACGAGUUGAAGAGUCUGAUUCUGGAGGCGAUGAAAAAAGACCCAACCAGGCAUUCGAAGCUCGAGAAGGCCGAUAUCCUCGAGAUGACGGUGAAGCAUUUACAAACGGUGCAGCGUCAGCAAUUGAGCACUGCGGUCGCCACCGAUCCGGCGGUGUUAACGAAAUUCCGUACCGGAUUUUCUGAAUGUGCCACCGAAGUAUCGCGGUACGUCAGCCACCUCGAGAACGUCGAUCCUGUUGUGAAGCAACGACUGGUAUCACAUCUGAACAAUUGCGUCAGUAAUCUCCAGCAAAUGGCGCCCUUCUACAGUCACUACGUGCCCUACAUGCCGGAACGCCUCUAUCCGGAGGUGAAGGUCGGUUUCCAGAGCGAUUUCCAGAAUGGCGACGAGAAUAAUAACGGAAGCGCCAGGAUACAGAUACCGAACGGCGUUCAGCUGAUACCGAGCAGACUUCCUACUGGCGAGCUGGCUCUUUUGGUACCCCAGUCGGCUGCCAUAUCGGCGAACUUUCCAUUCUUUCCGCCAGUCCCGGAAGCAGCUUCCAAAAUCGGCCAAUCAUCCGCUUUCACCGCCGUCAACAGGCCACAGAGUCCGCUUUUGAGCCCGUCCACGUCCACGUCCAGUUUUGGCGACGAAAGCCAUCAGUCGGAACACUACCCACAGGCCCAUUCGCCCAAUCAGGAGCGUCGUUUCAAGAUACCGGAACAAAGUCCAGCUUCGUCGAAGAGUUUCACCUCAUCGCCAGAGACACAGAAGCCGCAAAUCAGCUCGACAAGCGACAGCAAGUCACCUGUGCCUGUUUUUAUGGAGCCCAAAGCGGAUGCUAACUAUAUGCUUAGAAAGGAAGUCGCUGACUCGUCCGAGUCGUUGAAUAGCAAUGGGAUCGCGCAGAAUUUGAGACAACCUCUGUCUGUGAUUACCGAUAAGACCUACAAUCGAUCCAAUCCGGCGGUGUCCAGAAGGGAGACCAUGAAGAGGCACCAUUCGGAUGGUCUUUUGGUAAUCUCCGACAAAAGACCUAGGUACCAAGAAUCGAUCAGCUCAACGGUUCCCAAGGAUUCUUCUAAUGCCGGCCUAAAAUCCGUGGAAGAUCACGGGAUUCCCGUCGAGGAUUUGUCGGGAAGAGCAACGUGCUCGACUAAUAGAAAUUCUAAUCCUAAUCCUAUGAAAUUUGCAGCGGUGGCUGGCCCUUCGGGCGCGAAUGGAGAUAUGUGGAGACCCUGGUGA